ACGCCGCUUCCUGUUUCUGUAAUGAUGAGGUAUAUGUAGCUUUUCAGAAAUGUGAGCGUGUCGCUCCGGCAACAUAUUCGUCCAAUAUCAGAGUUUUACACCAGAAACCUAAUAUAACGUAAGAUGGCUUAUUUAACAACCAACCCUGCUGAUGAAACCAGGUACUUGUGUUUAUACCCAGCUUACAUUAACAGUAAAAAGACAUUAGCAGAGGGGCGAAGAAUACCAGUUGAGAAGGCUGUGGAAAACCCUUCCUGUGCUGAAAUCAAGGAUGUCUUAACUGCAGCAGGGAUGAAUGUCAGAGUUGAGAACAAACUGUAUCCAAGAGAAUGGAAUAGAGACGUACAGUUCAGAGGAAGAGUGCGAGUUCAAAUCAAACAUGAGGAUGGACGUUUGUGUCAGGAGAAAUUCACCUCUAAAAACGAUAUUAUGUUCUACGUGGCUGAGAUGAUUCCAAAGUUAAAAACAAGAACACAGAAGAGUGGAGGAAAUGAAACAGGAGCACAACAAGGAGAAGGAGGAAAGAAAGGAAAGAAGAAGAAGAAGUAGUUGUAUGCUCCCGAAGGAAAAAAAACUCUUUACAUGUAAACUUGAAGAUUUGUCUUUACAGUUGUAUUUGAUUCUCUUGCGUGUCUCGCCAGUACUGACCAGACCAGAACACUUCUGUGUGUAAAAUCUUUGUUGACAUUAUAAUUUUAUGAUAAAAACUUAUAAGCAAAAUCCCAAGAUUAUUUGAAAACCUUUAAACUUUUAGUGCUUGAAUUGAAGUAUUAAACAUGUUUCAAAUGAAAGCAAAAUAGAAAGGGCUUUGUUUGCAAGUGUAGAGUAAUUGUUCAUACAGCUAUGAAUGUCUUUUUGAGCAACAAAUAAAAAUAAAAUACACCAGCA